GUGGUAGCGCACCCCCGCGGCAAAUUAACAAAGAUGCAUCCCGCAGGUUUUCUCCCAUCCGUUGUGGCCCUACUUGCCCUUCAAGGUGGACAACUUGGAGCCAAGGACAUCAACUGCAGAAAUCCGCUCUUCGCGGGUCACUGGUUCUCUACGAAUGAGGAGAUAGGGCACCUCUCACCACAGCCGCAGACCUACGCAGAUCUACUCGUCUGCCCACAGUUCAACGGAAGGCCAUCAUGCUGCACACCAUCCAUCGCUAGCCAGCUUCGAGCUGCACUGGCCAGCUGGACACAUCAUCUCCAGGCGCAACUCGAUGACGCGCAGAGGUAUCUGCUGGCGUUGAGAGAGAUCCGCAAGACCCAGGCCUUCAACAAUACGGCAACGGACGAGAAGGCUCACUUCGAUGAGGCCAUGGAUGCGGUCUGCAGUGUGUUCAAGAGCCACCAGCGGUGCUUUGACGGCAUUCUGGAGGUUACGAGCGGCCUGCUGUGCUUCGCCUGUGCGCCUGACUGGAAGCGAUACGUCGGCGUGGAGAAGAAAAGUGGCGGCAUUGCAAUGGUGUCCAUCUCGGAGAGCAGCUGCGGCCAUUUGUGGAUGCAAUGCCGCGACAUGGGGCUGGCCAGCAAGCGGCUGCUCGAUAAGGUGCUUGACUCACACCUGACGCGCCGAGUGGCGGUGCCGCUGCCGCAGCUGGACGCAUUCCAGGUGGGCUGGGGAUCGAGGGGGGCGGGAUAUAUAACACAAACCAACCCGCGGGAUGCCUCUGUCUGUUUUCCCUUGUCUUUCUUGGUGCAUGUAUGCAGGAUGAGGAGCUGCUGUGCAAGUACGCUAUGAACGUGAUAGCCCUCCGUCCCUUCCUCUUCACCUCCCUACACGCCCCCAUCUUCACCAAGUCGCACAUCGACAUGCAUCCAGACAAGGAGGUCCUCAUGCCCCACAGCGACUGGGAUGCAGUCAACGAGGGCCGACAGUCUCAGCUGCCCACUCGGUUCCGUGUGCAGAGAGAGGGGGCUGACUCGAGCGGCAGCAAGCAUCCCUACCAGGCGACACUCGACAUCUGUCGCAAGAAGGGCAAAGUAGUGCAGGAAAACAUAUGGAUGUAAGUAAAAGCGUGCUGACUGAGGACAGACAGGUGCGUGUUUCAUUCCUGCGUAUGCAUGUGCUGAGAUAGAUGGCUCGCUAGCUUAAGACUCGAACGAACUUGUUUUUGCAUUCAACGGUUGACUGACAACGUACAUGACAUGACAUGAAUGGCCGCUCAAUCAACUCAA